CUCAGCUGCAUCUUGUUAAAAGCUUCCUGCGGGUUGGCAGAAUGAAAUCUUUAUUUAAAAUACACAAACUAUUGUCAGGGGAUAGGUGGAAGGAGAACACAGUAGAAGGGCCAAAUGCUUCGCUUAACCCAAUAGAAGCGGCUGAACAAAGGGGAAAGUGGCCACACUGUCAGCAGCAGGAGUGGAGAAGGUGGCUAACAUCAUAGCAACAUCCAUCUGUUCUUCCCAUGGUUUCAAGACGCAUUAUAUCUUUUAUUAUUAAUUAUGUUUCCAAGGGGAGGAUAAAGAUAUGAUUAUGGAUAGCAGAGAGGAAAUCAUUUCGGCUGCCACUUGGCAUUGAGUAGAAUAGCAUAUGUAAUGACCUAGUGAUGACAGGAAACGGAGCUGUAUCCUUGAGUCCCAGCAUCCCUCUUUACCAGUCAGCACCAACUCCCUGUUGGUAGUCAGAGGCUGCCUUACAAAGUUCAUGUAAAACCAUUAUAGAACAUUAACUGGAAGGGACUGAGACAGGACUGAGUAGGGUCCAUUUGUACAAAGGAGAUACUGGGAGGAGGAAAGAAGGGAAGCAGAGGGAGUCUAGGAAAAGGAAAGGAGGAAAAGGAAAGGGAGGAGGGGAGAAGAGGGAGAGAGUAAAAGAGGAAGGGAGGAAGAAGGAAAGGUAGGGUGGAAGGGAAGGAGGGAGAGAAAGACGCAGGAAGAGUAACAGAGAUAGAAGGAUAGAGAGACAAAGAGAGACACAGAGACAGAGAGAAACACAGAGACAGAGACAGAGACUGAGUCACCAUCUUGGACAGACAACACAUAAGAAAAGCAAGUGCUCUGUAUAAUUGCAUAAAGAAGUCACGUGCAUUCUCUUACACCAUGUGUCACUUGUUUUACAUACUGACAUUUCCAAAAGCCAUUUUAAGACACAAUGAAGGUACCUGUGAAACUUUUUGGAUUUGUGAGCACAGUGGCUUUAGGGAGGCUGAGCAGGGAGCCCGACAGAGGAUGGGUCACUCAUGAAGAGCCAAAGAAACUAAGCAAGAAUGAAAUCAGGCACGAAAGAAAGAAAAGAACGCUGUGGGAGCAUGUCACUUAUUUUGAUGAAGCUUUAUGCCUCUUUGGGCAGAAGUGGCUCACAGCUGUUUAGUUCGUUCCACAAUGUUCACAACACCUUUAGCCAGAGUACACCUGCAAUGUUCUAGGUUGCUUAUUGUUACCAAAGUGAUAAUUAUUUUGGUUUCUUUUCAUUUUAAGCACCAACCGUGGGAUGUGCUUGCUUUCUGUCUAGCAGGGAACAGCAUUUGUUGCCAAUAGCUUUGUUCUGAUCAAACAUAAUGUAAACCUAAGAAAGCCUUUACUCUAUCUGGCCCACCCUGUCCUUGAGGAUUUUCCCUGUCUACUGUUCUUGGGAAUAAGGGUUAAGUUCCUCUCUCAGGAGCCCCAAGUCUGAAGUGCAUCUGGGGGUGGGUGGAGGCACAAACCAUUUGCGUUGGGAUAUCAAGGUGGUGGUGAAGGACCCUCUUCAUCAUAUACCUGUGGGCGUCGUCUCCGGAGUACCAAAGCUGCAUCCCAGAAACUCUUCCACAGGUUUUCUUCAAGAUAACCAGCACGAUGGCGGAGCCCCUUCUUCCCCUUAAAAGCCCCACCAAACUGGCCAGCUCCCGGACUGCAAACUACAUCCUAUAUCAGAAGCACAUCCCUGAGACAAGUGCUUCCUUCUCUCUUUCUCUCUCUCUCUCCAUCCUCUGACUGUACUGCUCUGGUCCCUACAUUUCAGACCCCAACUCUUCACCCCUUACCGCCAGCUUCCCUCCAAGAAACCUGGAGCAGGGCAGCAGGGACACCUGCAGAAGUGCGCACCUGGCCAGGCGCUGUCCAGCGCCCGGUAGCCGGAAGGUGCUCUCCACGCUGAGCUGGAGGCAAGGCCUGGCUGCCUGGGCUCGGGUCUCUGUCGCCACGGCAGCCAGCCGCCCCCCGCCGGUCCUGCCCGCCGCGGCCGCGCCGCCGCAGCCAUCAAGUGGCUCGUUAAGGAAAUGCAGGUGAGCGCGGGCGGCGCGCGGGGCCGUGUGCGAGCGCCUGUGCGCGAGCGCGAGCGAGCCAGCCAGCGGAGUGCGAGCCCCAGCAUCCCGGGCGCUCCCUCCCGCAGCAGCCGCCCGUCCCGCCCCGCCCCGCCCCGCCCCGCCCGCGCGCACCGCCGCACCUGCGGGCACUCGCCCCGGCGUCUGCGGGACCCGCGGGCUCCGAGCGCGCCGCCACCCUCCCGCGCCGCCCUCGCACACGCAGAUACCACUUUUAAAGAAGCCGAAGCGCUGCAGCCCACCGACGCCGAGCGAGCGCUGCCGGCUGAGGCCGUUGCUCUCCCUGUCUGCAGUUGAGCCCGGACCCUGGGACAGAAAGACAGUUCUCGGUUGGACUGGAAGAAAGGGAAGGAAGACUCCUCUGUUCCCGAGGAGAGCGGAGCGGCUGCCCUAGUGAAGAAAUGAAGAAUCAAAGAAGUAAAGGACUUAUCUCAUAAUCACAUAACUAGGGAACCUUGAGGAGUUGCACACUUUCCAUCCCCAGUCACUGCUCCCCUUCGGGGGAGGGUCUUACUUGCUCGAAAUAGAAGGCAAGCAGUUCUUGGCCUGUGAAAUCUGAGUGGCAGUGCCUGGCUGUCAGUAUGCUGGCCCCAAUGUUGAUGGACAUGAUUAGCUUUGGCUCCAGGUUCCUGUCCUGAGACCACAGCAGAAAGUGCCUUGGAUGAAGGCUUGGACUCUGGAUCGUCUGGUGACUUCAACUGUCUGGUCUCAGGGUGGAGAACUUUCUUUGUAUGCCUAACCUGUGAGUCGAUGAUGAUGGUGCCUGUCCACUAACUGAACAACUGUGGUGUUCAACAUUCUGAGGCCAGGAACUGUUUCUGAAACACUCUACAGAGCUCAUAGAUGGGAGAAGUCUGGUGAGCACCCAGGGGAUCUAACUAGCAAGCUCUAAAAGGGUUCCAGCUGAAGUUUCUGAGCGGAGCAGUCGCUGUGGCUCCCUAGGCUGAGUUUCCAAGCUGCUGGUUCAUGCCGUUGACAAACUGCAGGAUGGUGCCCGUGGCCAGGCCGCUGUCGCUGCUCCUCACCUUCUUCCUCUGCGCCUGUGCUGAGACACCCCCCAGGUUUACACGAACUCCGGUUGAUCAGACAGGGGUCUCUGGAGGAGUUGCAUCAUUCAUUUGUCAAGCUACAGGAGACCCAAGACCUAAAAUUGUCUGGAACAAAAAAGGAAAGAAAGUCAGCAACCAGAGAUUUGAGGUAGUAAUAGAAUUUGACGAUGGAUCUGGAUCAGUACUCAGAAUACAGCCCUUAAGGACUCCACGGGAUGAGGCCAUUUAUGAAUGUGUGGCCUCGAAUAAUGUGGGAGAAAUCAGUGUGUCCACAAGACUCACAGUUUUACGUGAGGAUCAGAUUCCUAGAGGGUUCCCUACGAUUGAUAUGGGCCCGCAGUUGAAGGUGGUGGAACGGACCCGCACCGCCACCAUGCUGUGUGCAGCCAGCGGUAAUCCGGAUCCAGAAAUCACUUGGUUUAAAGAUUUCUUACCUGUUGACACAAGCAACAACAAUGGUCGUAUUAAGCAGUUACGAUCAGAAUCUAUUGGUGGUACACCAAUAAGAGGAGCGCUGCAGAUCGAACAGAGCGAAGAAUCCGACCAAGGAAAAUACGAGUGUGUUGCCACCAACAGCGCGGGCACUCGCUACUCUGCCCCUGCCAAUUUAUAUGUCAGAGAGCUGCGAGAAGUUCGCCGUGUCCCACCAAGAUUCUCUAUCCCACCCACUAAUCAUGAAAUCAUGCCAGGUGGAAGUGUAAAUAUCACCUGUGUGGCAGUGGGGUCACCAAUGCCUUAUGUGAAGUGGAUGUUGGGGGCAGAAGAUCUGACACCAGAAGAUGAUAUGCCGAUAGGACGAAAUGUCCUAGAACUGAAUGACGUAAGACAGUCAGCAAAUUACACCUGUGUUGCUAUGUCGACGUUGGGGGUCAUUGAAGCAAUAGCCCAGAUCACUGUCAAAGCCUUACCCAAGCCUCCAGGAACUCCUGUAGUGACCGAGAGCACAGCUACAAGCAUCACACUAACAUGGGACUCUGGGAAUCCUGAGCCUGUCUCUUACUACAUCAUUCAGCAUAAGCCUAAAAAUUCUGAAGAACCAUAUAAAGAAAUUGAUGGGAUAGCCACCACACGCUACAGUGUUGCCGGAUUAAGUCCCUACUCGGAUUAUGAAUUUAGAGUUGUUGCUGUCAAUAACAUUGGACGAGGCCCAGCAAGUGAGCCUGUGUUAACUCAGACCUCAGAACAAGCACCAUCCAGUGCCCCACGGGAUGUUCAGGCACGCAUGUUGAGCUCUACCACCAUUCUGGUACAAUGGAAGGAACCUGAGGAGCCAAAUGGACAGAUCCAAGGGUAUAGAGUUUAUUAUACAAUGGACCCCACUCAGCAUGUCAACAACUGGAUGAAACACAAUGUAGCUGAUAGCCAAAUCACUACUAUUGGCAAUUUAGUACCCCAAAAAACAUACUCUGUCAAAGUCCUGGCUUUUACCUCAAUUGGAGAUGGACCUCUUUCUAGUGAUAUACAAGUCAUCACUCAGACAGGAGUACCAGGGCAGCCACUAAACUUCAAAGCAGAACCUGAAUCUGAAACAAGUAUUUUGCUGUCUUGGACACCGCCACGAUCAGAUACCAUUGCCAGCUAUGAACUAGUCUACAGAGAUGGGGAUCAAGGAGAAGAGCAGCGAAUCACCAUUGAGCCAGGCACAUCUUAUAGGCUUCAAGGGCUGAAACCAAACAGCCUGUACUACUUCCGUCUGUCUGCACGCUCUCCUCAAGGCCUGGGUGCUUCUACAGCUGAAAUAUCAGCUAGAACCAUGCAAUCAAAGCCAUCAGCUCCUCCUCAAGAUAUUAGUUGUACCAGCCCAAGUUCCACUAGUAUUUUGGUAAGUUGGCAACCUCCACCAGUGGAAAAACAGAAUGGCAUUAUCACUGAAUACUCCCUCAAGUAUGCUGCAGUGGAUGGGGAAGACUUCAAGCCUCAUGAGAUUUUGGGAAUUCCUUCGGAUACUACCAAGUACCUUUUGGAACAGCUGGAAAAAUGGACUGAAUACCGGAUCACUGUGACUGCCCACACAGAUGUCGGCCCUGGCCCUGAGAGCUUGUCCGUGUUGAUUCGAACCGAUGAAGAUGUUCCAAGUGGUCCUCCUCGAAAAGUCGAGGUGGAGGCUGUCAACGCCACAGCUGUUAAAGUCUCGUGGCGCUCACCUGUGCCCAAUAAGCAGCAUGGCCAGAUAAGAGGAUAUCAGGUGCACUAUGUGAAAAUGGAAAAUGGCGAGCCGAAGGGUCAGCCCAUGCUGAAGGAUGUCAUGCUGGCUGAUGCACAGUGGGAAUUUGAUGAUACUACUGAACAUGACAUGAUCAUCUCUGGGCUACAGCCUGAAACUUCAUACUCCCUUACUGUCACAGCUUACACCACCAAAGGAGAUGGUGCUCGAAGCAAGCCCAAGCUAGUGUCCACCACUGGGGCAGUUCCAGGGAAACCCAGGCUCGUGAUUAACCACACCCAAAUGAAUACUGCCCUCAUUCAAUGGCACCCCCCUGUGGACACAUUUGGACCCCUUCAGGGCUACCGACUAAAGUUUGGCAGGAAAGACAUGGAGCCACUCACUACUCUGGAGUUCUCUGAGAAAGAAGAUCACUUCACAGCCACAGAUAUCCACAAGGGUGCAUCAUAUGUCUUUAGACUCUCCGCCAGAAACAAAGUGGGCUUCGGGGAGGAAAUGGUGAAAGAAAUUUCUGUUCCAGAAGAAAUACCAACUGGAUUCCCUCAAAAUCUCCACUCAGAAGGCACCACUUCAACCUCUGUUCAGUUAUCGUGGCAACCACCUGUCUUAGCAGAGAGAAAUGGAGUUAUCACCAAGUAUACCCUCCUGUAUAGGGAUAUCAACGUUCCUCUUCUUCCAAUGGAGCAUCUUAUUGUUCCAGCUGAUACUUCUAUGACACUCACUGGCUUAAAAUCAGAUACUACAUAUGAUGUAAAAGUACGUGCUCACACGAGCAAAGGGCCCGGGCCAUAUAGUCCAAGUGUCCAGUUCAGGACACUGCCUGUGGAUCAAGCAGUGUUUGCAAAAAAUUUUCAUGUCAAAGCAGUUAUGAAGACUUCAGUGCUGCUGUCUUGGGAGAUUCCAGAGAAUUAUAAUUCUGCUAUGCCUUUCAAAAUUCUUUAUGAUGAUGGGAAAAUGGUGGAAGAAGUGGAUGGCCGAGCUACCCAGAAGCUGAUUGUUAACCUGAAGCCUGAGAAGUCAUAUUCCUUUGUGUUAACCAAUCGUGGGAACAGUGCUGGUGGAUUGCAGCAUAGGGUGACAGCAAAGACUGCCCCAGAUGUGCUCCGCACCAAGCCUGCCUUCAUUGGGAAGACAAACUUGGAUGGCAUGAUUACUGUGCAACUGCCUGAUGUUCCUGCAAAUGAAAACAUAAAGGGUUACUACAUUAUAAUUGUGCCUUUGAAGAAGUCGCGUGGGAAAUUCAUCAAGCCCUGGGAGAGCCCUGAUGAGAUGGAGUUAGAUGAGCUGCUUAAGGAGAUAUCUAGAAAACGCAGAAGCAUUCGUUAUGGAAGAGAAGUUGAAUUAAAGCCAUAUAUUGCUGCUCACUUUGAUGUCCUUCCCACUGAGUUCACCCUGGGGGAUGACAAACAUUAUGGUGGAUUUACGAACAAACAGCUCCAAAGUGGACAAGAAUAUGUCUUCUUUGUGUUAGCAGUGAUGGACCAUGCAGAGUCUAAGAUGUAUGCAACCAGCCCAUACUCCGACCCUGUUGUGUCAAUGGAUCUGGAUCCACAGCCAAUCACAGACGAAGAGGAAGGCUUGAUAUGGGUCGUAGGUCCUGUCCUUGCAGUGGUGUUUAUCAUCUGUAUUGUGAUUGCUAUUCUUCUUUAUAAAAGCAGUAAACCUGACAGGAAGAGGGCAGAGUCGGAGUCCAGAAAGAGCAGCUUACCAAACAGUAAGGAGGUCCCUUCACACCACCCAACCGACCCAGUAGAACUGAGGCGCCUUAACUUUCAAACACCAGCUUUGAGCAGUAAUUCAGUCCCCUACGCCUCCCUGAUUGGCUCUGUGUCCUCCCUCUCUAGCCAAACCACCACUCAGUCCAUAUAUGAUAAUAACUCUCUCCCACGAUUCGCUCGAAAAGGUAUGGCUAGCCAUCCUCCAAUACCUAUCUUGGAACUUGCAGAUCAUAUUGAGAGGUUGAAAGCAAAUGAUAACCUGAAGUUUUCCCAGGAAUAUGAGUCAAUUGACCCUGGCCAGCAGUUCACAUGGGAACACUCAAACUUGGAAGUAAACAAACCAAAGAACAGAUAUGCAAAUGUCAUUGCAUACGAUCACUCCCGGGUUCUCUUAUCAGCAAUAGAAGGAAUCCCAGGAAGUGACUAUGUGAAUGCCAACUACAUAGAUGGCUAUAGGAAACAAAAUGCCUAUAUUGCAACCCAGGGAUCUCUUCCUGAAACAUUUGGGGACUUUUGGAGAAUGAUAUGGGAGCAACGAAGUGCCACAGUUGUCAUGAUGACAAAGCUAGAAGAAAGGUCGAGGGUGAAGUGUGACCAGUAUUGGCCCAGCAGAGGCACAGAAACUCACGGGCUGGUCCAGGUGACGCUGCUGGAUACUGUGGAGCUUGCCACAUACUGUGUCCGGACAUUUGCACUUUAUAAGAAUGGAUCGAGUGAGAAGAGGGAAGUGAGACAAUUCCAGUUCACCGCCUGGCCUGAUCAUGGUGUUCCAGAGCACCCCACACCUUUCCUAGCUUUCUUACGGAGAGUCAAAACCUGCAAUCCUCCAGAUGCAGGGCCAAUGGUGGUACACUGCAGUGCUGGUGUUGGCAGAACUGGCUGCUUCAUUGUAAUAGAUGCCAUGUUAGAAAGAAUAAAGCAUGAAAAAACUGUAGAUAUUUAUGGCCAUGUAACUUUAAUGAGAGCCCAGAGGAAUUACAUGGUACAAACAGAAGACCAGUACAUCUUUAUCCAUGAUGCACUGUUAGAAGCAGUGACAUGUGGAAAUACCGAAGUGCCGGCUAGAAACUUGUAUGCCUACAUUCAGAAGCUGACACAAAUAGAAACAGGGGAGAAUGUCACCGGAAUGGAGCUCGAAUUUAAGCGUCUAGCCAGCUCAAAAGCUCACACCUCAAGAUUCAUCAGUGCCAAUCUUCCAUGUAAUAAAUUCAAAAACCGCCUUGUUAAUAUUAUGCCAUAUGAAUCCACAAGGGUGUGCCUGCAGCCUAUCCGAGGAGUUGAAGGCUCUGAUUACAUCAAUGCCAGUUUCCUUGAUGGAUAUAGACAACAGAAAGCCUACAUUGCUACCCAGGGGCCCUUAGCAGAGACAACUGAAGACUUUUGGCGCAUGCUUUGGGAACACAAUUCCACCAUCGUUGUGAUGCUCACCAAGCUGAGAGAAAUGGGCAGAGAGAAAUGUCACCAGUACUGGCCAGCUGAACGAUCUGCAAGAUACCAGUAUUUUGUUGUAGAUCCCAUGGCUGAAUAUAACAUGCCUCAGUAUAUCCUGAGGGAAUUCAAGGUCACGGAUGCCAGGGAUGGCCAGUCCCGAACAGUGAGGCAGUUCCAGUUCACUGACUGGCCAGAACAAGGAGUGCCAAAGUCUGGAGAAGGAUUUAUUGACUUCAUUGGCCAAGUCCAUAAAACAAAGGAGCAGUUUGGCCAAGAUGGGCCCAUUUCCGUGCAUUGCAGUGCCGGCGUUGGAAGAACUGGAGUUUUCAUAACAUUGAGUAUUGUGUUGGAAAGAAUGAGAUAUGAAGGGGUGGUAGAUAUCUUCCAGACUGUCAAAAUGUUAAGAACACAACGACCAGCCAUGGUACAAACAGAGGAUCAAUACCAGUUCUGCUAUCGAGCCGCACUAGAAUACCUGGGCAGCUUUGAUCACUAUGCAACGUAGAAACCCCUGACCCCUUCUGGAUUUUUACUACAGGCCCUUCGCUAUCCAUGGAGUCUCUUCUGAGCCAUACAGGGCACUUGAGAAGUCCUUCUUAACUUCUAGCUAACAACCACUUAGUGGGACUAUUACAAAAAACAAACAAAAAAAAAAAACAACAAAAAAAAAAAAAACAAAACCAAACUCUUCCAAGUGGACCAAGAAUUCACAGUUUAAUCAUCUAACCUGAAAAAUAAUAACAAGAAUCCUGACUUAGGAGGCAUCUGAAGAAUUCUAUUUACAGAUACCUCAAGGAUUCAAAAUAAAGGGAAGAAGAAAUGACAGCAAAGAACCACCAUCUUGUUCAGGAUUGCUUGAUAGGGACAGAGAGAGCUUGCCUGUGGGCCUCAGGCCAGCACAAGGAAUUCGCUGCUGUGGCUGCUCACAUAAGGUGGACUCUGCCUCAACAUCACCCUUUCCCCGUGCCACUCAUACUUACAUUUUAGGGGGAAGGGUGGGGAUGUUUAAAAAAAGAAAGUCCUUGAUUGCAUUUUUAUGUUGUAAAGAUUCUGCUGACCUGUGCUUCAUUUCUAACUAUGUAAACUUUUUUUUUUUAAAUGUAUCAUUCGAUAAAGUAAACUUAUAACGUUAAGUAAUUCUUCAUAUUUUUUUUAUUUCUAAAUUCUAGGUCUUUUUAAGCUAUAGAAUGGUUAUCUGUAAUAUCUUACUGUAGAAAUAUUGAAUAAUCUGAAACUUUGCACAUUUUUGUGCAAUGCUCAGUCUACAGUACCUGUCUCAACAGCUAUUACUCACAUGUUUUGUUUUGUAUAACCGAUGAGAAAGUGCCCAUUCUCUGCAAGCUUCAAGGGGAAUUUUGUUUUGCUUUGUUUUCUUUUUGGAAUCAACAGGGAGGCGCAAAGUAAAAAGCUGCUGCUAACAUGUAUAUAUACAUAGAUAUCUAUAUUUUAAGGGUAUCUAUGUAUAUAUAGACAGUAUGUCCACACAAAGAUUUAACUGCCAUUCGGUUCUUCCAUGGUUUAGGUUUUGGGGGGUUUUUUGUUUGUUUGUUUUAAUUUUUUUAUUUUUAAGUAUAGAAAGCGAUUGUAAACAUCUUUUUCAAGUUACUUUUAGUAUUGUGAAACUUUAAUUUGUAAAGGGAAUUGAGGAGUGCACAUCAUUGAUUAUUGAGCCUCGCCCCUAACUUUCCAGCCUCGUAUUCCCCCAUCUAUCCAACCAUAUCCACAAAUACUGUUUUGUUAGCCAGGCUUCCGACAAAAUUCAAUAUUUCUAACACUCUAGUGCAAUAACAAUUGUUAAAUAUCUAAAAGGUGUGCAUGUGGGAAAGGUCAGUGCAUAUCCCUUUAGGAGGGAAGAAUGUUGUAAUAUAUCAGCUAUCAAGUUGUUGGUUUUUUUUUUUUAAAGUAUAUUCAAUCAUAUAUUGUCUAUAGUACGUGCUAUGAAAUUUGCAUUUAUGAUAUGUAACAGGGGCAAAGCCAAACUCAUGUUACUCUUUUCAGUCAGAAACAUGUUGUGUCAGCCGCGUUCCUGGGAGGCGCUGUGCUGUUUCAUUCGGUUUUAGUUCUGCAUUUAGAGUGCCUUAUAAUUGAUACCUAUUUUAAUAACAUUUCUUUUUAUCUUUCGGUUCUGAUUUCCAUUAGAUGUUCACAUUUGUUUCUCUUUCAAUUAAAACAUUGUCUGUCCACCACAUGUAUAUAAACUCUUUGAAUAAUAUGCAUUCCUAGUUUUCAGCCAAGUGGGGGAUGUUAGUGACUGUACCAGCCCAAAGCACUUGGAUAAUCAGGGCCUCUCCUUUCCUCAUUGUCACAUCAGGAAGAGCAACUUGGUUUACUUCAGAUCCCUUCCAAAUCUGCUCCAGAGUGGGCAGUAACCACCAGUCUUACUUAUAGAAACAACUUCGGGAUAUAUUUGAUAUUCCAUUAGGAUUUUUCUGAAAGGGGCAAUAAAUUACAUAUAUAUAUAUAUAUAUAUAUAUAUAUAUAUAUAUAUAUAUAUAUAUAUAUAUAUAUAUAUCUCCCCAAACAUUUCCACAGGAAGCCAUGGAUGAUGGCAUGAAUUUGCCACAUGCUAUAUGAUUUUAAAAUACCCUCCACAAAUACUGAGUACUCUGAAAGAGUUUUGAUACAGGUGUAAUAUUUUGGUUUAAUUUUAGCUUCAUGAUGGUCUGCAUGGAAGGGUAUUUGGUUUCACAUCUUCCCAUCACUAGCAGAAUAAAAUCCUAGAGACCAAACACUUGCAACUAUCAUAUCUGAGCAUUUUUUUUUGUAAAAAAAAAAAAAAAAAAAACAAAAAACAAAAAAUAAAAAUUAAAAAAAAAUGAACAAAAACAAAAAAAUAGAAAAAAUAGAAGUAUAUAUAAUACUAAAAAGAAACUAGAAGGCUACCUCAGAAUGAGACUCUCUAACCUACAUCAGAACCAGAUAGAAUGUGCACUGUGUGAGUCUAUUGUUUUCUUUUCACUUGUACCAUUGAAGGUUUAUCCAAGUGCCCGGUUGCUCAGUGCUGUGAAUUUUGUUUUAAGUGAAACAAGGAAGGUCAGAUAGGUUAUUGUGUCACCUAGACAUGCCAUUUUGGACAUGUUGGAUCUAAUGGAAUAUCACACACCAGAAUGACUGGCCAGUGAGCUGUUUGUCUCUUGGCAACAAAACUGCCUGUAUGGCAGGAACAAUGACAGUAAUCAGCAAAAGAAAUGGAUGGGACGUGUCCUGCAGGAGGAUGAGGUGGGCGUUACUCCUGAAUCAGGAGCUGGUCCUAGAACUAACUCCCCACUGUCACUGAUGUGCAUUCCACUCUGCUUUGCUUUAUGACCAUUCAAGUUUAAUUUCCCAGGCAAACAUCAGUAUCUACCAUUACCAUAGACAUCAAAGUUUCCAGUUAUUUUCAUCAUCAUAACCAGUACGGUGCUAUUAUUUACCUAUGUAUGUGUAGUUAUGUAUAAUUUUGUAAUUAGUUACAAUGGUAAAAUAUCAAAUAUAUAAAAGUGAUUUGUACAGAACUUUAUUUUAGCUCUUUUUUAAAAAUGGUUUGCAUGGUUAGACAAGGCAAGGACAGCCAGGGGAGGGAAGGGCCUCUAGGGAACUUCGCACUUUCUACACCUUUGUACUAUGCACUGCUCUAUUGAUUCUACACCCAAUAAUGUUAUUACUUGAACCCAUCUGUAAGGAACUGCUUCAGAAGUUCAUUUCUGUGUCUGUGGAUAACAACACAUCACAGCAGGAAAGGAAAACAUGCCUAGUAGCACACACAGUUUUUUUUUUUCUUUCCUGUUGAGUUUUGGGUUAGCUUUGUUUCAGUCUUUCUUGUCAUUUUAAAAUUCCCUUCCCAUUUUUUUCUCCUUUGCUUUUGAUUUCCAUUGGGUAUAUGGGUGCCCUGAUACUCCAGCAGAGGUCAGAAGGCUACAGAUCCAUCCUAUCCAUCCGUUACAUGGCUUUGCCAUACAAGCUUGGAGUGUCUUUACAAAGAUAACAGUUGUGUUCUUUGCUCUCGUUUUGGAUGCAUAGACUGAAAAUUCAAAAAAAAAAUAACUUGUAAAAUGGCUUGUUAAAAAAAAUACAAUUACCUCUAAUUAGUAGUACGCGUAAGUGUUUUACAGAAUGAAAGGCGUGCUUUUUAUUUUCUUACUUCGUUACAUUGGUGGCGAAAGAAGUCUGUAUGAAAAUCAGUUCUUUGCUGACACAGGUUCCAUUUGUUACAAAUGAAUUCUAAUAAAAAUGUCAGUGUUAUGCA